AUGCAGGUUAAGCUUGUGGUGUACAAGAUGAAUAUCCAGACAAAUCUCCUUUAUGAUUUUCAAGCUUUUGGGCAUGGAGUAGAGGGGUUUCCUUUGGCUCGUUUGCAAAAUCUAGGACCAAGCAGUGAGGUGAAUUUAUGCGGCGGCGGCGGUGAGGAGGAGCCGGAGCUGAGCCGCCCGGACCGUGAGGCCAACCCGAGUGAGGACAGUGAGGAGCCUUCAACCCGCCCCGACCGCGGCCCUCCCGGCCCCGGUCCCCCCGGCCCCGGCCCUCCCGGCCCCGGCCCUCCCGUGGGGACCCGGCGGUGCUCGCACCCCCUGGAGCCGGCGCCGCCCCGGGACCAGCAGCACGUCUACUGCACCGUGUACUGUGUGGAGAACGAGAACUACCGGAGCUCGACGGCGGCGGCGGAGGAGGAGCAGCGGGAGGAGGGGGAGGGAGGACCGGGCGGUGGGGGUGGGGGUGUGGGUGGCCCCCCGCCCGCUGGGGGUGGGGGUCGGGACAGCCCGACUCCCGUGGACACGAACUCGGAUCCCGUGAGCGGAGAACCGUUCAGCGUCUCCCGACUGAUCGACGUGAACCCGUACGCGCGAGAGCACAAGCACUUUAUUCUCCUGACCUGCAGAGUCUGUCUGGACGACAAACACAUCCGCCCUCUCCCGUGUUGUCACAGGGCCGUGUGCGAGGACUGUCUGAAGCGGUAUCUCAGCAAUCAGGUGCAGCUGGGAAGAGCGGAGAUCAAAUGCCCCAUUACAGAAUGCAGUGAAGAGCUGGGUGAAAGCACAGUCCUUUCCAAUUUGCCACGUGACGACAUUGUCAAGUACAGUUACUUCCUGGAGCUCAGCAGGGUGGACUCGACCACCAAGCCCUGUCCUCAGUGCAAACACUUCACCACCUUCAGGAGGAAGGGCAACAUUCCAAACCCUUCCAAAUCCGAAAGCAAGUUCAAAAUCCAGUGUCCAACAUGCCAAUUUGUUUGGUGUUUCAAGUGCCACUCUCCCUGGCACGAAGGCCUGAACUGCAGAGAGUACAGAAAGGGAGAUAAACUGUUACGUCACUGGGCCAGUGAGAUUGAACACGGACAGAGAAAUGCUCAGAAAUGCCCAAAAUGUAAGAUUCACAUCCAGAGGACGGAAGGCUGUGAUCACAUGACCUGCUCGCAGUGCAACACUAACUUUUGCUACCGCUGUGGGGAAAGGUACCGUCAGCUUCGUUUCUUUGGCGACCACACCUCAAACCUAAGUAUUUUUGGAUGCAAGUACCGCUACCUCCCUGACAGACCACAUUUACGGAGAUUAGUACGGGGUUCUGUUUGUGCCGGAAAGUUACUCAUUGCUCCCUUGAUGCUGGUCUUGGUGUUGGGACUAGGAGCCAUAGCAUUUGUAAUAGGUCUGUUUAUCUUUCCCAUCUAUUACAUUUGUAAGAAGCAGAGGAAAAGGUCGCAGCCUGUUAUGUUUACGUAAAGAAGCAGCCUCUUUUCCAAGGCUGAUGACGGACCUGCCAGGGUCUCCACACAAUUUUGCAAUGACAAGCAAUAGGACGGAAUUCACAACCAGAUAUCGAACAAAGAUGAAACUGAGAAUGCUGUCUUCUGUUUAAUUUUUGGCCAUAUUACAUUUAAACACAAAGUAGUCCAAAUACCUUCCAAAGACCUGACUUCAAGCACUGUGAUGUGCAAGUUAAGAGUGAAAAAAGCUAUUGUUUUCAGUUGUUUGGAAUUAAGGAUACCAGUGAUGAAGAAGUGGGUAUUCUUUUCCAUUUUGCACACAGUAGCAGCACUAAACUAUGAUCAUAGAUGGUGCGAGUUCCUGGCCAUUUUUGCACUUCUUCAAUUGUCCUAACACUGUCUUAACGCCUUGUUUUUUGAAGAGAAUUCCCCAAUGCACUAGUGGUGUUUCUGUUUUCUUCACUGUAUGGCUUUCGAUCUCAAGGGAUACCAGCAUGCUGUGCAGGCUAGUCCAUUGAGGGUUCGUUAAACCAGAUUUCAAACACCUACCAGUUCUAGUUUGUAGCAGUGGCCAUUGUAACUCUUCCCUAUCUUGUAUUUUCAGUUCAAGCCCCUAGAAUUAACUGAGGUGACUUGGAUUGCUGGCCAGUUGACUUUGCACCUUUGUUCAAAAUGGAAGCAAAUCUACGUUGUUUUAACAGUCUUGCGAGUGAGCCUGAAUUGAAUUAUGGUAAUCGACACAUAGGAGGUUUUGUCUCCCCAUCCAGGAUUGUCCCUUUUUUAUUUCAAUAGCAGAAGAUAUCUGCUUAUAACUAUCUGGUUCCUCCAGGGUCUGACAGCAAAACAAAGUCAGAUUUCUGCAAAAAGCAACUGUUUUGCUGUUUACAAGCCAAUCAGUAAGAAAUCCAGGUACUGUCAUCGUCAGUUGCCAAUAUUGACAAGUUGCCAAGAAGUGGACAUCGAGGAAACCAUGGUAUCUGACUUGCUCGUCGCUCUGAGGACCACAGCACAAUUCAUCUGCUUGCAUCCCUUUGAUAACGCUAUCCAACACCAUCUUAAAGUAAUUUUUAGUGCCUUAUUAGCUAUGUUCCUUUUGGAGUUAAACAGGUCUUGGUCUUCUGCUAAAUAGCCAUCUCUGGUUAACAUGCUGUCCAUUUCUAUUGCCAUUGUGUGAAAUUGAUCAUUAGUCACAGUGCGCAUAAUUUUUUUUAAAAACUUGACGUUUAAAUAAUGUUACGUAGAACUGUAGGGAAGGUGCAGGAGUACUGUGUCUUUCUUCGAGAUGUUUCUUUAUAGGUGCUGUGCUUACAAUUACUUAAAUGAUUUUUCAGUAUGUGGUUUUAAUGCAGAUAAUUACGGUCUUUAGAUUUAUGUUCCAUAUCCGAUAACUAAGAAGAUAAGAAAGCUGAGAAACUACUGUACUGAGAAACCCCAUGUAGAACCCUGGUCGUCCCAGGAUCUCGUUUCAUACACCUCUUACAAUGGCUGCCAUGGGCUCUAUCCAUUCAUUUAGGAAUAGAAAUUCCUCCUGGGUCGAGAUUUGCUCUAAUUGUUCAGUAUUUCAAAAUAGACCAGAAAUUGGCAAGUUCUUAACAUAGGAAUUAGGAGCAGGAAUAGGCCAUUCGGCCCCUCGAGCCU